GCCGAGCCGCCACAAUCCCAUAUAAUAUUACCUGUCUGCAAGUUUACAAAAGCGAAACUACCUCUGCUCCCCAGGGCGAUCUGAAGAAAUACAUCAAUACACGGAUACUUCAAUGCUUGCUCUCCGGCUCUGUUUGUUUUCUUGUCUAGCUUGGCUGGCUCAUGCGACUCCGAAGCUAGACUCCGUUCCAGGACCGACCACGCUCUCCCUCCCGAAGUCGCAACACCCCAAUGGAGUUUGUUACCAGAGCACCCAAGCAGGCUACGGCCCAACGGUAGACCCGCACGGCAACGCCGUCAAGUAUGGCUCGGAUGAAGAUAUUAGCUACGGCCGGGAUCCCAAGAAACACGUCCCAGGCACCGCCGUCUGGGCUCAGCCUACAAUCACUCUCUCGAACGGAACGAAGUGUUGCGAUAGCUUAACUCAGGUUCGAGAGUAUAUCGACUACUUGGACAAGACGAUCCUCGACUAUCUGGCCAUUCGUCAACAGUUCGUCGUCGAGGCCGGCCGGUUCAAGGACUCCAAGACCGCCGUCCGCUCCGGGAUCAGGGCCGUUCAAGUGGUAAAGAACGCCCAGACUGCCGCCGAAAAGAACGGACUUGCUCCGUGGAUUGCAAACGCGACAUGGACUACCACGCUAAACAGCUUUACCGCAUUGGAACUGUGUCUGUUCGACCAAGACGUGAAGACAAAGAACUAUGCCCCGGAUCCGAAAUGA